UAAUGCAAAACAAAACAAACGCCAAUACAUAUACGACAGCGUUUUGGUUUACCUCCACCUUCGACCACCAAAAAAUCACGAGCGGAUAGCACGUGUUGUGUUUCACUCCUCCCUCCCUCUCGAUCUCUCGAUCGCUCAGUUACCAUCAUAUUAUCAGAUCAGUUUCAUCACGGAAGAAGAAAGAAAAAUAAAAAGAAUAUAAAAAUGUCGAGUUCCGUCAUGGUGGGAGAUGCAAGCUCGUGGUCAAGGGCGCUCGUCAGGAUAUCACCCUACACUUUCUCCGCCGUCGGAAUCGCCAUUUCCAUUGGCGUCUCCGUUCUCGGCGCCGCCUGGGGGAUCUAUAUAACUGGUAGUAGUUUGAUUGGUGCUGCGAUUAAGGCUCCACGUAUCACGUCCAAAAAUCUCAUCAGUGUAAUUUUUUGUGAAGCUGUUGCUAUAUAUGGUGUUAUUGUUGCAAUUAUUUUACAAACAAAGUUAGAAAGUGUGUCAGCUUCAAAAAUAUAUGCACCAGAGUCACUUAGAGCUGGAUAUGCCAUCUUUGCCUCUGGGAUCAUUGUUGGCUUUGCUAACCUUGUUUGCGGGCUGUGUGUGGGAAUAAUUGGAAGCAGUUGUGCAUUGUCUGAUGCCCAAAACUCCUCACUUUUUGUGAAGAUUCUUGUGAUUGAGAUCUUUGGUAGUGCCCUUGGGUUGUUUGGAGUAAUUGUGGGGAUAAUUAUGUCAGCCCAAGCAACAUGGCCUUCAAAAUGAGUUUAAUUUCUUGUUUUGAUUGUAUUGCAAUAAUUGAACAAUAUGAGCUUGCACUCCAUUUUGUGUAGUUCCAAACUGUUAUAUGGUGUGGCUUUGUUUUUGCUAAUAGGAAUAUGAAGGCCCGUGUGGGAAUGCUAUGUUCUUUCUUUUC